AUGAUUAUUUUGAAGCUUCGUCUCAACACGAAAAUAAUCGUUUGGCAUUCUGUUGCAAGUAAAAUAUUUAUCAAAAACUGUAAAAUUGAUAGAGUUGUUGAUAGCGGUGGUUCUUGUGGCAUUUAUGGUUUAGAAGUAAGUGAUUUUUCAGCGCAUUUGCGUGGUUAAUGUGUGUAAUUAGCCAAUAUUUACCUGUUCGGGUUGUGACAUGGGAAUUGACAUUUUUUAUUCUUAAUGUCUAUUUUAUUACUUUCAGGGUUUGAUGGACAAUAAACAAACGUCGGGCCAUCAUCUUGCCAAUGUGGAUUUUUACUGUGGAUGGUGCGCUGGCUGUGUGGAGACCAUCAUUCUGUUCCCACAGAGCAAGUUGAUUUUCCGCCAACAACUUCUCGGAUUGGCAGUCAAGGAUGCUGUAACCCAAGUAAGACCUUAUAUUUCAGUUGCGUUAUGUUUUUAGUUGAAAACGGAAGGAAUGGGGCUGCUGUAUCGCGGACUUUUACCACCUUUGAUCAUGAGGACAUCUACAAGAUCAAUCAUGUUCGGGAUGUUUGAUAAGUACAAAACAAUGUUGAAUGCUCAAGACAGGCCGGGUAUUGCUUCUUCUCUGACUCGACGGCAUGCACUUGCUGCGUUUCUGGGUACGUCAAUUGUAUUUUCUGCCUAUUAAAAUUAUCUUUCCCUUUCUGAUCUGUUUUCUUUAUCAGCGGGUGCAACUGAAGCGACUUUAUGUCCAUUGGAACGAGUACAAGUGCUACUACAAACUCAUGCCUACAACCAUCACUUCCGCAACACACAAGAUGCCUUCCGAUAUGUAUAUGGCUUUGGAAUCCACGAGUUUUAUCGGGGACUAUCAAUAAUCAUCUUCCGAAACGGCCUUUCCAACUCCUUAUUCUUCACUCUGCGAGAACCUCUGAGGCGGUCGUUCAUUGAAGAAUUGAAUCUUCAUAAUUGUACGUCUUCCGCUGCAACAAUAUUAGCAAACUUUGUGUCUGGUGCGAUUCUCGGUGCUACAAUUUCGACAAUCUUCUUCCCGGUUAAUGUGGUCAAACAUCGAUUGCAAUCUGAGCUCGGUACAACUUUCCAGUCUCCAUUCCGGAUAUUUAAAAUAGUAUGGAAGGAGAGGAAUUACUCUGUGAAGGAACUCUUUCGAGGGGUCCAACUGAACUUCACCCGGUCCUUGAUUGCCUGGGGCAUCACCAACUCAGUCUACGAAUUUUUAUUAGAGGCAUUCCGGUGAUAAAAGAUUUAUAUACUAUGUGGUGCUUGUCAUUAUAUGCUACGUGAAGACUUUUGCAAGGAAUUCAGGACGAGAAAUGGAUAGAUGAACUGAUGUUUUUGACCAAACCCAAGUGACAUUACUAGUAACUUUUGACUAAUGUAGAUGAAAAGGCUGAGGCAGCCUAGUCUAAAGCAAAGUCUAGCCAAAUUUGGAGACCGUCCAUUUCCCAUCCUUAUUUCCCGUUCCCUUCACCGACCAUCACCAUUAUUAGGAACAAAGAAUUUUAUUGUACAUAUACAAGUUAAGUCUCAGGUUCUAAUAAAAUAAAUUAUUUGAAUGGCCAGCGUCUUUUGUCCGCCUCGCCAUGUACAAACACUUUGUUGUUAUUGUGUCCGCGCGGCUCGUUUUCUCCCCCGCGACGUCACAAUUCUGAGACGCGUAAUUCCGUCGUUCGUUGUGGGGUUUUCGACCAAGGAUUAGGACCCACGUUCCGACUGAUAAUCAACUAGCCAAACAACCCCUGGAGGACUGGUUCAACAGGGUCGAGGGCCUUGAUUAAUAGGGGUUGGGACGCGUAUUAUAGUAGCUUCCAAGUGACUUCAUUCUGCCGUUUCAGUCCAGCCGUGGAGUCAACUUGAUGAAAGAUGCGAUGUGGAGGUCUUUCGUACUCUUGGCCUCCUUCCUUUUGAUCGUUGAAUCCCAAACUCCACCAUCGCCAUGGGCCCAGAGUCAGGCCCUGAAGCAGCAGACAGCUAGCAUCGGCGCUGAUCAUGCCUGUUUCCCUUCAGGACCGACUCCCCCGCACAUGGCUCCCAUCGCCACUCCGGCUUCCAUGCCACCUCCAACCCCAUUCGUCCAUUCCCCUCAGGCUAUCCCCGGAUCUCCUAUCGAAUUCCCCCUUCUUAAUGAACAGACCGCACCCUCGGGUCAAGUCAGACAUUCAGAUCAAGGCCAGACCCGAGAGCCCACUCCCUCGACCGUUUAUCGACGCGCUGAGACUUCAUUGACUCAGUUGCCGCUGCAGCCAGGCCCUUCCUUCACCGGAGACCUCCAAAUUGCACAUCCCCCAUCGCCUCACGAAAGGGAUUGGGUAUUGGCCGCAGGCAAUGAGACCGCCAUUGACAAUGUUCUGGCCAUCUCCUUGAUGUAUGGAGGGCGUCUGGCUUCGAUGGGAUUUUUUUACAGAGGAACGGACAUCUUUUAUUACGCGAUCAUGCAUAAAUAUAGCGGCCCGGUCUUCCUCAAACCCAAUCCUUACACUUAUACGGAGUUGAUGAGAGUGGCCAGGUAAGCGGCACUAGUCAGCCACAAAUUAAAUAUUGAUCCAGAGAUUCACCGAUUAUUUUUAGAGAGAAUGAAGAGGUCGAAUUAGGGCUUACUCAACUCUGUGGUCAAGAUAAUGGGCAAGGAAAGGUGACUUUUUCCACUUAUUGGGAGAGAAUACCCGGGAUCUCUUUUAAAGUGAGUUUUGUGAUUAUUCUUUAAAAUAAUUUCUUCAGAUUUGGUUUCCGGGAACUCGCGAAGCAGAAAUCCAAAGAGUUCGAUUUGAAAGUGAAGGAUAUCGAUUGACAAGUUUAUGUGGCUACAGUGUCAGGGUAACAAAUUCAUCCUUUAUUCAAAUACGCCUUUCAGAACAGAGCCCAAUAUGUGGGUGUGUGGUCUAAACCGACCUUAUCCAACACUCCAUACGAAGCGUACUACGGCUUAACGAUGACAGAAUGUCUGGAAAAGGACAAAGCUUUGAAGGCCAAGGGUUAUAUCGCGAUUCAGUUUAGAGUAUUUAAUAACGGGAAUGAUGUAGGUAAAGGAUUGUAUGUCCAACAGUCCAAUUUUAGGUCUUAUGUGCUGCCAUAUGGGAGUAUCAGCCGAAGAAAUGGCACACAAUUGAAUGGGGGACUGAUUUACAAGCAAUUCACAAGAAAGUAAUGCAAUACAGUAAUCCCCCGGCGAGAACAAGGCUGCCUAGACAGGUCUCUCAUUAUAUAGAUCCCGAACAGAAGGUGACGUAUGUGGUUUUGUGGAGCGAUCUCCACUCGUUUCGAUACACAAAUCCACCAGAGAUUUGGACUAAUAAAAGGUAGGUGGCAGUUUUCGAUGACUAAAGUGAUGCCCAUCGAAACUAUUCGUAUAUCACAGAAAAUUUGUAUAUUAGCAUUAGCAAUGCUUUCCAAAAAUUGUCCAUUGGGUCUUCCAAAAGGCCCGGAACUCUGUUUUACAAAGGCUGCAAGCCACAUGAAACCGCCCGAGAGCUGGGCGCAUUCUUCUUCUUUUGGGUUAUUUUUCGGAACAGACAACGAGAGAGUCCCUUAUAUCUCGUUGUUGCGCAAUAUCUGUUACGGGUUUUGUCUGACCCAAUUUGGAACUUAUUUUAUACGGUUAUCAUUCGUUUUCUACUGCGCAAAAUAUAUAUUUAUUACCAUGCCCUAUCAUGAUAUAUCAUCUUAUUUUUUUCAGUCGCAUUCCCACAACUUAUCUCCCGGGCACUACCGACCUCCUCAAACCAGAGCAACUCGACUUCAUUGUGAAGAGAGUCGAACAUUUUAUGCGCGAUCUGGACAUCCCCGGUCUUUCUGUGGCCAUCUCCAAGAAUGAGAGAUUAAAAUUUGCGGCAGGUAUGUCCUCAAGGUGAUGAUUUUAUAAAAUUUUAGGCUUUGGUUACAGUAACAUCCGAAGACAAGAACUCGUCACUCCGAUGCAUCAAUUUAGAGUCGGAUCAGUCUCUAAACCAAUCACAGCUGCCGCCAUCUUGAGCUUGGUGGACCAGGGGAGACUGCGGUUGGAUCAGAAAGUUUUCGGACCUGACUCUUUGUUCGGUAAGGUUACGGCAGUAUCUGAAGUUUGUUUUUAGGCUCUGAAUUCGAAAGGAAGAAGCCCUAUGGUCGUUUUGUGACUGACCUCACCGUCCGGAAUCUCCUUGAACACACAUCCGGCAAGACUCCAAUCGCCUCUCAAAAUUUUAACUUCCCUUUUUUAGGCGGAUGGAAUAAUCUCGAGAACGAUCCGGCUUGGAUUGAACCCCGCAAAUCAACUGCCGAGUUGAUUGGGAUGGUCCUGGAAUCACAACAAUUGGUAUUCAAACCGGGAAAGACCUGGAUCUACUCCAACUUUGGAUAUCAAUUACUUGGGCAUAUCAUUGAGAGGAUUUCGGGGAUGAGUUAUGAGGAAUUCGUGAAGAAAUACGUCUGGGAUCGAGUGGGGGUGGAAGAAAUUCAAAUCGCUAGGCCGACGAUCGCGGAGAAGUCACGGUAAAUAAUACUAUAUAAUUUCGGUCGAAAUCAGCUUUUCCCCCACAACGUAACCUAAUACGAUCACUUGUUGGAUCUUUAUUUUUGCUUUUUAGACGAGAAGUUCUCUACUACAUGAGUGGUAACCGGGUCGGUUUCAAUCCGUACGAGAUGCCUCCGCCAGAAAGAACCGGCCCAUGGGGUGGAUGGAUCGCUUCCCCCAUCGAACUACUCAAGAUGAUGUCCCAUUUAGAUGGAUUCUCUUAUCGAGCCGAUCUUCUAAGUCCUUGGGCACUCAAGGAAUGGGUGAAGCCAUCUGCAGCCUCCAAUGGCACUUAUGGAUUAGGCUGGUCCAUAAAUGUGAUGGGUUUUAAUGGCUGGCAGCACGACGGGAGGAUGCCGGGCUCUGCAUCGAUGCUAGUACGGCUGGAUAAUGGGCUGGAAAUGGCUGUAGUCGUAAACAAGGUAUACUUUUUCUAUUCUGAUUAUACUAGACAUCCGAUAAACUUCAUAAAUUUGAGUUUUCAGGAGUACAGUGAGCGCGAUUUCUUCCACGAACUCGGUUAUAUACUGCAUCACAUUGGACAGAAUUGUGAAUGGUGGUCUCGGCCGGACGUGGAUCUGUUUUCCAUGAAUUCUUUAGGGGUAUAA